UUGGAGAUUAGCCAAAACAGAGUCAUUUAUCUGUGAGUUGCGCACUGAAAGAGUCGUUCUUCCGCGUUCAUAGUUCUGGUUUGCCAGCUUCAGUUGUACCCGUAGUGCACAACUGUCCUCGUUUGAGCGGAAUGAAAACCAGGCAAAACAAAUAAAAAGCAAACAUCAACGUAAAAAUACAGCAGCAGCAGUAUUCAAUCGACUACGACAAUCGACUGCGCAAUCGCGUGAGCACUUCCCGCAUCGAUGACGAUGGGCAACACGGAGGCGGGAGGCCGUCUCGAUUUUCCGACGGGACGGGCCAGCAGUCUUAACACCACCAGCAAAGAGAUUACGAGUGAGCGCCAGUCUGCAUCCAGCCAAGACGGGCGAUCCAGCCAAGACCUUUCGGAGUUACGCGACCUGGAGGAGGGGCUGCAGGAGGUACGCAAGCUGCUGGAUGCAGAGGAGCAAGACGCUGCAUUUCCCUGGUUUCACAUGGUCCAGUGGGCUGCGGAGACCAGUGCCAACGACUGCGUUUUCCGGUGGGACCUGGAGAAAGCCUUUUUCAUUGUGCGCGAUGGCGUCAAGUCGGUGGACGCUUUCCGUGGCAACCUACGGGAGCUGAAAGCGUGCCUGAAGCGAGCGGAAAAGGAAAACGAGAAGCAGACAGCGGGUAUUAUAGCGGGGCGUUUGUUUGCGUUUGGGUUUGUUUUCAAUACCGUGAUUUUUUUUGCAAAGUAAGGUAUAGAUGUAGUCACAGUGCAUCUACUGCCACGUUCAGAAUGAAGCGCUUGCGCACGACCGUGUCGUUGUACUCAACAGGCUUCCGGGUGGACGGGUUUUCUUUGGAAGAGGGUCCAAGCCAAAUGGUGUUUUUUGAGUGGGCCGAGUGCUUGCUAGAGCAGAUGGCGGCGCUGCGGCGCCUGCGCUUCGCCCUGGUGCCGCGACGCAUGUCGGAGAAGACGUUUUGGCACCGCUUUUUUGCCGUCGUGAAGAUGCGGCUGGAGCUGCAGCUGUUUUAUCGCGAGGAAGAUGAGGAGGACGAGGAAGACCACGGCUCCGGGUCGCAGGCAGGGGAGGACGACACGGGGCGGUCUCGGGCGGUGACCGAGUGGUCGGACGACAGUCCGACGCACGCCACGCCGACCGUGCAGCGGGACGCCGACCUCGAAGCGGCUUUCAGAACACCCACGCUGCCUGCACCCGUGGCUCCAGCAGCGCAAGUCCGCCCAGAGAGUCGUACGCUUCUUGCGUCUCCGCCUGUAGUAGUUGCAGUACAAGUUUUGCCUGCAGCACGAGACCGGCCGCACUCGAAUACGGUGCCUGCAACGACAACAAUACAACCUGCGGAGGAGAAGCAGGAGCUGCAGAGCAAUAACGUGGAUCAUUUUUUGCACGAUCCACUUCCACCGAGAUCUUCAUCCGCAAUAAAGACCGGGCGGCCCGAGACAGAAGUGACUUCUGAUGCACGUUCGAUACCGAAAAGUCAAACGAGCUACGAGUACGACCCAAAACUUGUACGUGCUGAUAGGAAUCGCCCUGAAGAUAUCGCGAUCGGGGCAAGAGACGCGAUAAACGGCAACGACGAGCAGGACAAGCACGAAAUAACGACAGUCCACGCCACCCAGAAAAGACCUGCCAUUGGCAGUGACGUAGCUGUGGCACAGGAACGAAGCAUGUUGGUCUCGCCCGCCCCCACCGCAAAGACCAUAAACAAGGAGAAAGAGGCUCCUUCUGCGGGCUAUUUUUUACCAGACAACGACACGACGCAUCAACAGAAGCCAGCAGGCCGCCCACAUGUGCCAAGCACAAGUGCAGCACACACGUCGCCACGCGUUUCGGCAGAGGCCGCUUCCAGCGUCGGACGGCGCCCCUCCUCAUCAAGUAAAGACAAAGAGAGCGGCAGUACGGAGACGUCGUCAAUUGAAAAUAAACAUGACCGCGCGACAAAGAAUCUGAUUUGCACGGGAGAAAUGGUUCUGCCGGGCUUUCACACGUCUGAUACUCCGGUAGGGCCUCGCGCCGAGCAUCAGCGUCGUCCGUGGAUAAUCUGACUACGCGUGGCUUGUACCGCAGCACAGCGACAGUGUCGGAUCAUACCGGGAAUGUUGCUCCUUUGCGACGUCUGGAUCAUCAAACAAAACUUGAAAGCGCUUCUGUAAGAUGGUCAAACCGCUAAUAGUUUACUACACGGUGUCCGACAUCAACGUGUUUGUGUUUCUUUCCGCAUCUCUUUCACAAUCAUGCACGCCUGAUAACACAUGCAUAUCACACAACUCACCUCUUCUAUCGAUUUUGACUCUCAUGUUUUCUCUCGUUGAAGCUGUACCUUCGAUCAAUCGACG